GCAGCAGAGCUUUGGCUCGGCCGUGUUGGCAACCGCUGCUAGUGCUUGGAGAGCCGUGUGUGAGUGCGGAAGUUGUAUGCUCAGUGCGUGGUGCGUUGUGGCAGUUUAAUGGCUCCUGAUGUUGUCAGAGUAAUUCCUCAAGAAGAAAGAAGCGGGCCGCCUCCCCCCAACAACGUCAAACCACCGGCUACACAUCAAGCUCCACUGACGGCUGCGGCAAAUACGACGACAACGGAUCGAAAUAGGUACAGUUUGGAAUCUGAGAGGCUGAAAACGUUCGCAAACUGGCCCGUGCCUUUUAUUGAAAAAAGGGAGCUAGCGUCUGCUGGCUUCGUUUAUAAAUACAGGGACGUUGUGCAGUGUAUAUAUUGCGGUGUGGAGAUUGGUGAAUGGGAAGAAGGUGACGAACCCAUCGUUGAACAUGAACGGUGGGCGCCAUUAUGCCCAUUCAUAAGGAACAGGACAGUUAACGGGUCGACUACGGAGCAAAAUGCCGUGCCUCGAACUAUUUCGUACGACACUUGUGGUCUGUACGGAACAGAAAUUCGUCCAAAUUCAUCUCCAGAACCGACUCCAUCAUGCAGUUCAACUGAAAGUCCGCCGACCCUGGAUAAGCUGGGCAUCCACACAAACACGGGACCAGUUUGGCCUAAAUACAGCACCCAGGAGGCGAGGUUAGCGUCGUUCGAUGGCUGGCCGUUGGCUAUUAAGCAGCGACCGGACAAACUCAGCGAAGCUGGAUUCUUUUACACGGGUAAAGGAGACCAAACAGUGUGUUUCCAUUGUGGCGGAGGCCUAAAGGAUUGGGAAGAAGCGGACGAUCCGUGGGUUGAACAUGCUUUGUGGUUUUCUAAGUGUUUAUUUGUGAUACUUGUGAAGGGCAAAGACUUCGUGGAUAAUAUCUGCCAAAACAAAGACGCAAUAAUCACUGCGAAGGAGGCAACUAAUAUUAAACUUCCUCCAAAUCUUCAGGAAGCUGUCAAGGUUGUUAAUCCGGAGGCAGCCAGUGCGGCAUCGUCUGAACAGCAUCUGCCAGUUUUAAAUACUGAGAGGGAGAUAGACGACCCUCGUAUUUGUAAAAUUUGCUUCCAGGAAGAGAUGGGAGUACUUUUUCUGCCAUGCGGACACAUUGUUGCUUGUGUUAAGUGUGCACCAUCCCUUUCCUCUUGUGCUGUAUGUCGGAAGCCAGUUUCAGCUACAGUAAGAGCAUUCCUGUCAUAAUAUAAACGAACAGUUUUGAGUCAGUGCUUGACUGCAUAAUUUUCCUUCUCCUAAAAUUUGUGUAACGCUUAGCAGCUUUCUACUACUUUUAUAUAUGGUAGUCAUGUAAUGGAAAGUUUGCAUACGUUACUUAUAAUAAUUGUUGAUAUUUCAUAGUCUGCAGAAUCUUUUAAUGCAAAUUGGUCAGCAAUUAGUAAUUCUUUAAAGCAGUUAAGUAAACCGCUAAUCUGAAAUCGUGAAGUUUUCUUCCUGUAAUUUCAUGUGUAAAACAGUUAUAAUAGAUGUGACAUUGCAGAUGCACGCAGUUCUUUUUACUGGUGUUUACUUUGUAUGUUGAAUGUUCAAUCUGUUUUUCCCGUUUGACGUCCUAAACCACGUAAGUUUAAGCCUGCACUUUGAAAUGAUUCACAGUCAAAGGUAUGUGUGUGUAUAUAUUAUGCAAAGUUUGAAGUUAAGACUUUGUUUGAUUAAAAUAAGUAGAAAAAAGUU